UGAAUGUGAUUUCAGAAAACUAAUUAUGAAGGCCAUUCAGGACUCCAGCCAUAGCAUACAAACACAAAUUAAGGAAUCUCAAGUCCUGUUCACCAAAGAACUAAGAAUUUCACAAAGAGAGCUCUACAAAUAAAUACAGGAACUAAAAGAUAGCCUUGACAGUAAGAGAGCCUAACUGAGAGAUCUUAUAUUGAGAAUAAAUCAGCUUGAGGAUAGAGUAGCAAAACUAGAAAGCAAAACCUCCACACGCUCAGAGAGCAAAGCAGUUGAAGAAGAAGGUUCACAAAAAAAUGUAGCAGUCCUCUGUGAAUUAGCAUAUUCCAUCAGAAGGAAAAAUCUGCAAGUUUUCAGGAGUCCCUGAAGAUGAUGAGAAAGCUAGAGGAGCAGAGGGCAUAUUCAGAGCAAUUAUUGCAGAAAACUUUCCACAUCUAGAUAAUGGCCAAAGACUAGAUAUAGUAGAAGAGGAAAGGAAGCCAAAGCUACUGAACUCUAAAUAAACAACCCCAAGAAAUACAGUAAUACUGUCCAAAAGUAAGGACAAAGAAGAAAUAUUGCAAGCUCCAAGGGAAAGGGAGAAGCUACAGAGGCAGAACCCUCAGGCUAUAACCAGAUUUCUCAACAUCAACCCAAGAAGCAAGAAGGGGAUAGAAUGAUAUUUUUAUGAUAUUAGGAGAUAAUAAUUAUAAACCACAUGUACUAUUUUCCUGCCAAAUUAUUCUUCAAGUAUGAAGGAGAAAUCAAAAGCUUCCCAAAUAUAUAGAAACUGAAGGAAUUCACCACCAGCCCUGUCAUGCAAGAACUAUUGAAAGAACUACAAGAAAAGAAGUAAAGGAACUCAACUCCAAAUGAGGAGUUAUCCAGUCUACUUGUGCUACUAGAUGGACAGAAAACUGACUUAAAAGUGUCAACGGGGAUGGGUUUUGAUUUUUGUGCUUUAUAGCAUUUCUCUCUUUUUUUCUUCACAUUUUCUCCUUUCUGUAAAAACUGCCAUUGAAGUUAGAAAAAUGAAUCAGUUGAAAAGAAAAAGAAAGAGCAAUUUUAGUGUUCAAGAAACUCAGACCCUUUUGAAAGAAAUCACCAAAAGGAAAGAAGUCAUUUUUUCCAAGCAGCUCAAUACAACAAUUAACGUGAUGAAACGAAUGGCCUGGGAGGAGAUUGCGCAGUGUGUGAAUGCAGUUGGGGAGGGAGAACAGAGGACGGGCACAGAAGUGAAGAGAAGGUACCUGGACUGGCGAGCACUGAUGAAAAGAAAGAGCAUGAAGGCAAACAUUAAGCUGGUUGGUUCGGGAUUUCCCCUCCCCACUUCCGAUUUAGAUGACUCUCUCACUGAAGAGAUAGAUGAAAAGAUUGGAUUUCGAAAUGACACAAAUUUUGACUGGCAGAAUGUGGCUGAUUUCAGGGAUGCAGGUGGAUCUUUAAUAGAGGUCAAAGUGGAGGAGGAAGAAAGAGAACCCCAGAGUCCUGAGUUUGAGAUCGAAGAAGAAGAAGAAAUGCUGUCAUCAGUCAUACCAGAUUCCAGGAGGGAAAGCGAGCUUCCUGAUUUCCCCCACAUCAAUGAAUUUUUCACUCUUAAUUCCACAUCGUCCAGGUCUGUCUACGAUGAGCUGCAUUUGCUGGUAAACAUAGAGAAGCAGAAGUUAGAGCUGGAGAAACGAAGGCUGGAUAUAGAGGCUGAGAGGCUGCAGGUAGAAAAGGAACGCCUCCAGAUUGAGAAGGAGCGGCUGUGGCACCUAGACCUGGAGCACGAGCGCCUGCAGCUGGAGAAGGAGCGGCUGCAGAUCGAGAGGGAGAAGCUGAGGCUGCAGAUAGUCAGCUCAGGGAAGCCGCCUCUGGAAAACGAACUUGGCCAAGGAGAGAAGCCCAUGCUCCAGCCACAGGACACAGAAACAGAGAAGCUUAAGCUCGAGCGAGAACGCUUGCAACUGGAGGAUAGGCUGCAGUUUUUGAAAUUUGAGUCUGAGAAGCUACAGAUUGAAAAGGAACACUUAUAAGUAGAGAAAGAGAGACUUCGGGUUCAGUAGGAAGGACACUUGCAGUGAUUUUCCUGGGUCUCCAUUUAGCAUAUGUUUGUAAACCAUAGGCUUUUCUCUGUAUCAGGUAAUAUUUAAAAUGGCUGCAGGAUUAGUGAUGCUUUUUUUUUCUUUCCCCCAUUUAGUGCUCAGUGUUUUCAAUAGGAAAGGGAUAGUUAUGCGUGGGUAACUGUAUACUAAAGUAGAAUAUCACAUAAAAAUAUAUGCCCUUGUGUAAACAGUAUAGCAGAGAGUAGUGUGCUACGCUCACUAAAUCAGUACUAUUACAUAGUCUUGUAUAAACUGUGCAUUCAGUUUACAAUUAUGUCUGUAGAGCUAGCUCAUUGAUUCUGGGAGUUGAUUUUGGCCCCCAGGAGACAAAGUACAAUAUCUAGAGACAUUUUUGGUUGUCAGAAUGGGGAAGUGGACUCAUUCCUACUGGCACAAAGCAAGUGAAUGAUAUUUUCAUCCAGCCAUGCACAGCACCCCCCUCCAUCCCCUCAGUAUCCCAACCAAGAAUGUCACUACUGCUGGCACUGAGGAAUUUUGUCCUAGCCUGACUGUCCACCUCUAUAGCUUUGCUCCAUAGUUUCUCAAUAUUAAAAUCUCAGAUGUUUAUGUGGGUAGCUACUUAAAUGGGCCAAAAACUUUAACUAUGGAUUAUUAUUAUGUAGUGUAUUGAAUAUGGCAAGUGGGGAAGAUUAUAUGCAUUUUAUUCCCAUGUUUCCAUCUCUAAGUAACCUGAGAUUCAGAAAGCAAUAUAGGAAGCAUCACAAAUUGUCUACAAUUGACCACUUCAAAAAGCAGUUCAUUCUCCUAGCUUCUGAUAGUUCAGUAACAACACACUGUUUUUAAGCUUUGACUAAGUUCCUCUUCUUCUUUGAAUCCAUUGUCUUAGUUUAGGUUUAAAAAAAUGUCAUUUCAAUCACGCAUUGAAAUCUUAGGUAAGUAAAAGGUUGAAGCUAGUGAAAGUGGUGCCAACCUAAAAAUGGUACCAGUAGUCCAUGAGAUUGAACACAAUGAGUGAUCAUUUGAUUUUUUUAAAAUAAAGAAUAGCUAGUGGAAGUGGGGUGGAGGAGGGUGGGGUGGGGUGGGGAGGAUGUCCUCUAGAUGAUGAUGAAGAUGGUGAAAUAAAAAAUAGUAGCUGUGUGUUAUGAAUUAGGGAAGCACUUAUCACACUGGCCUAAUUGGAACAGUUCUGAGAGUAAUGUUUAUUGUUAUACCCAAAUCUGAGACUCAGAGAAGUCACACCAUUAGCAAAUAGUUGAUGUCCUAUAUCAUGAUGGUGUAUUUGUCUUUGCCCCCUCUGUGAGGAACAAAGUUAGUAUCCUCAAUCCCUUUGGUAUUUGCUCUGAAACCAAGGGCUUGUUUAAUCUGGUGAUUUGCCUUCAGCUCCCUGAAGGUGCUCUUUCUACAGUCCAGGUGAUUCUAUUGUGUUCUCAAAUUGAAUCACUGCACGAGAUCACUUUGUAUAUUCUGAUUUCCAGGGCCGAUAUGUAGCUUUAAUAAUCUCUUCUAUUGACAGAUACUACCUUGAUUAUUCUGCACCUUUCUUCUUUUUUUAAUUUAAGAAGGUCUUGAAACCAUAUGUAACAUUUGAGUAUGGGUAUUAAUAUACUUCUGCUUAGUUACCCUGAUUUUGAAAUAGUGUUAUUUUUGUAUAAUUGAAAUAAAUGCUUCUACUGUAGAAAUAAAAUUUGCCUGUACUGUC